UUCUAAUCAAAGAACCCACCUCACUCGGCAACCUGCUCAAAGAGAACAACCUUAACACUCACUCUCUCUCUCUCUCUCUCUCUCGCUUACUAGAGUCAUCAGCACAGACCCAUCAUGACACGGUGACCAGGUUCGUCGAGGAACUCUGAAAAUCUCCGUUAAUAUAUGCAAAACUUAUUGUAUUGGCUGAUCUGGGCAUUGAUUAUCAGUUCAUUCAUCACUUCAUACUGCUUACCAUUCCACGAAAUUUCUUGGAAUUUUAAUGAAUCUUGUGUUUUUUCCUUAACUUUUUUAGAGGUGGACCUUUACAUUAAUUGCUGGGUUUUUACUUGUUUGGUGGACCUGAUCCUGUCUAUUCUUUAACAUUCAACGAACUUUCGGGCAAUUUUAACGAGUUUUGGGGGUUUUUUGUCUAUUACGUAGGGGUGGAGCUUUAUCUUCUUCUCUCUUUUAUUAUUUUUUAUUUUCUCUAAAUUCAGACCAAUCAUAUCCUUGUGUGGUUCAUUGUUGAAGACUUAACUACUGGUUUUUGCUUUUUUUUGUUCCUUGAUCCCGAAGAGCCUCUAAUUCUAUUUUUUGUACUUUUAUUUUUGAAAUCAACCUUGCCUUUAUCAAUACCCUUAUGAAUGAUUUUCAUUUUCAUUAAUAUAUCAUAAAUUGUUAGCAUACUUACUGGUCGGACGCCAUUAUCUCAAUGUAAAGUAUGAUCCUAGACAUUAUCACCGCCCUGAUUGUCUCUGAGAACAGAUAUUACGCCGAAGAUUAGCUGAUCGGAGAAGAAAUUGUGCCGUUCCUCGGUGGUGGAGAAGGAUAGCAAUAAGCGGAUCGGUGUCAAUUGUUAUCCUCGAUGGCAGAGUUAGUUGGGCCAAGGUUGUACAGUUGCUGUAAUUGCAGAAACCAUGUAGCCCUUCACGAUGAUGUCAUUUCUAAAUCUUUUCAGGGGAGAAAUGGUCGAGCGUUUCUGUUCUCCCACGCGAUGAACAUUAUGGUGGGACCAAAAGAGGACAGGCACCUCAUGACAGGUCUUCACACUGUAGCUGAUGUCUCCUGCUGUGAUUGUCGUGUGGUACUUGGUUGGAAGUAUGAAAGAGCCUAUGAGGAAACUCAGAAAUACAAGGAAGGGAAGUUCAUACUUGAGAAGUCGAGAAUAGUCAAGGAAAACUGGUAGCACCAACGAAGUUUUAGUCUCAUUUAUCCUUAUGCCAGUUUAAGAGGAUUGAAUUUGAUGCCUCGACGAGGAUUAUCUUGUCCAGAACAUACUGAUCAAUUGAAGAUGCUAAAUUAUUGUUCCUUGCUGUGCAUUCUACUUGUGUUUUCUCUGUAAAUUGUAUUUAGAGAUCAUCAAUUAUGUGGUUGGUAAAUCUGUGAUUCAUUAUGUGGUUGGAUUUCAAUUGAAUACAUAGAACCAUUGUAAUCUAGACGUGUCUCUGUCAUGGAUCAAGAACACUGAGCAUAAUAUGUUUGAAAAA